AUGACACGACUCCUCCACCUUCUAGCCUUUGCUGGGAUUUUACAAUUCGGCGCUGGUGCAGCCAUCGCCCCUAGGUCUUCGGAACCCAAGUAUUCUUACGAUGAGAAGACAUCGGCAGACUGCACUUGGUGGUUUGACAUGGAAGCGGCCAUAUCUUGCAGCACUCUUUUAGAGAACGAAGCCAUCACUAUUGAGCAGUUCCGCCGAUGGAACCCUUCUAUCAAAGAGGCAUGCGGUGGAUUGACCGUGGGCAGAUCUUACUGCGUUGAAGCCCAGUUUGAAUCGAUCCCAGAACCACAGCCCGGGAACCCACCCAAGCCAAGCAGCACGAAGCCUACUCAACCCUCACCUACAAAGACUUCAAAUGGGGUCGAAACUUCUCAGCCGACCCAGCCUGACAUUGUGGAUAACUGCAGAACCUUUCACCUGGUCCAAAAGGGUGAAAACUGUGCUUCGAUCGCCGCAAAGAACAAGAUUCCCCUUGCCAAGUUCUUGGAAUGGAAUGGCGAUGAUGACUGCUCAAGUCUCUGGGCUGAUGCAUGGGCUUGUGUCAUGACACUCGAUUACAAGCCUGGUGACCAACCUGCACCUUCGCCUACACAGCCUUCCAACGGUAUCACUACACAGCAACCUACACAGCCACAUAUUGUCGACAACUGCAAUAAAUUUCACUUUGUACAAUCCGGAGAAAGCUGUGCAGCUAUUGCAUCCAAGUACUCCAUCACCGGUGCCCAGUUUCUCAAGUGGAAUCCAUCGGUCGAGGAUGGCUGCACUGGUCUGUGGGCCAACGCCUAUGCCUGUGUCUCCGUCAUUGGCCACACUCCAUCACCCAGUACCAGAGCUACCACCACAAAAGCCACGACUACAAAGGCUGCAACAUCUUCAACAAUACCAGUCCAGGCCGGGAUUGAUAAGAAUUGCAACAAAUUCCAUCAAAUUCAGUCGACUACAACCUGCACUUCGAUCGAGAAGUACUACAGCCUCCCGUUUGCCACUUUUUUCAAGUGGAAUCCUUCCGUGGGAAACAACUGUGAAUCUCUUUUGGUUGGAUACAAUGUCUGUGUUGGUGUUACAGGCUGGAAGCCCACUCCCACGACUGGAAAUAAUGGCAUUGCAACGCCCUCGCCUAUCCAGACGGGUAUGAUAAGCUCAUGCAACAAGUUCCACCCCAUAGCCGCGAAAACAACAUGUGAUUCGCUCAAGUCGUACUACAACCUCGACAUGGCUGAUUUCUUUAAGUGGAAUCCGGCUGUUGGUACUGCAUGUACGAAACUCUGGGUUGGUUACAAUGUGUGUGUUGGGGUUAUAGGCCAGAAGCCCAAGCCUAGCCCGACUUCUAAGCCUACUGGUGUGCCGACCCCUGACCUUGUUCAGCCUGGUAUCGUCAAGGGGUGCAAGAAGUUUCAUGAAGUGAAGGCAACAACUACGUGCGCUUCUAUUCAGAAGUACUACUCGAUUACAAUGGCUCAGCUGUAUAAAUGGAACCCUGCUAUUGGGUCGGGAUGUACCAAGUUAUGGCAGAAAUAUAGUGUCUGUGUAUCUGCCUAG